AUGUCUCGGGGCAUAAGCAUCAGCACUACAACUUUGCGCACCCUCGUAUCCCCUUCUGUGUGGCGCGUACCUGUACGACUACGACCGUUUUCCUCGACAACAACCCCGCAGCAACAAUUCGCCGAUAUGGAUGCCGCGGCGUUUGGUGAACAGCACAUUGCCAGGGGCAUUGGCCGACUUACCAAGCACGUUUUCGAGGAUGGGAAGGGUACGUGGAUUACGACUGACAAGGGCGUCAAGCUGCUGGAUAUGACGGCGGGCAUUGGAGUUGUGAACUUGGGCCAUUGCCAUCCCAAGGUGAACAUUGGGUUCAGUGCUGCGCAGAUUGCAUUGAUUAGAGAAUUGAUUCCGAUUCUGCCUCAUGAGAGCCUGGAUACAAUAUUCCUUUGGAACUCUGGCGCUGAGGCUGUGGAGGCGGCAGUCAAGUUGGCGAGGGCAGCCACGAAGAAGCCGAACAUUAUUGUUAUGCAGGGCUCGUAUCAUGGCAGGACGAAUGCGACUGCAUCCAUGACACGGAGCAAGACUAUCUACGGUGAGGGUCAUGGACCCCUCAUGGGCGGUGUCUUUGCAACCGCGUUCCCUUACUACAGUCAAUUCGGCCUUCCAGCCACCACCCCGACAGAGGAACUAGUCGAGCAGUCACUCCUACAGCUCAGACUCACACUCUCGCAACAAACAGCUCCCUCAGACACCGCAGCCAUCAUCCUGGAGCCCAUCCUUGGUGAGGGAGGCUACGUUCCCGCACCCCCUGCCUUCCUCGCUGGUCUCCGCCAGGUCUGCGACGAACACAACAUCCUACUCAUCGCCGACGAGGUCCAGUCGGGCAUGGGUCGCACCGGUCCCUACUGGGCUGUCCAGAACUCUGGUGUCCGGCCUGAUAUCCUCAUCUUUGCAAAGGGUGUUGCUAAUGGAUUCCCUCUGUCUGGUAUCGCGGCCAGCAAGAGCAUCAUGGAUCUCCAGAAGCCGGGGUCUAUGGGUGGAACUUAUGCUGGUAACGCAGUUUCUUGCGCCGCUGCCACUGCUUGUAUCAAGGCUUUCCGCGAGGAGAAGAUUCUAGACAACGUCGCAAAGAGAUCAGAGCAGAUUUUCUCUUUCCUGAGGGACCUUCAGAAGAGCGGUUCCAAGGCAGGAAGUCUGAUUGAAGAUAUCCGCGGCUCUGGUCUUAUGGUUGGUGUGCAAUUUGCCAAUCCCGCACUGCAAAAUGGCUCUUCAAACGUAGCAGCGAGACAUGCGGGCAAUCAGCCUCAGAUUGCACCAAAGGUUGUACAAGAGUGCGUCAAGCGUGAUAUGCUUAUCCUCAGCACAUCGGUAUUUGAUGUUAUUAGGUUUAUUCCGCCGCUUAACAUUAGCGAGGAGGAGAUGACCAAGGGGUUGGGUAUUUUCAAGGAGAGUCUUGAGGCUGUUGCUAAGGACUUGUAGGCUAUUGGCCUUUUUUGGUUUUCCCUUGUUAGAGAUGAACAUAUCAUGAAUGAACGAUUAUCCAAGUA